CACACAAAGUCCGCAGCCUACUUGAUACACGCCCCCUCGAGCCCCUCCGCUAACCGCGGGUGCGAAGUAAUUCGCCAGCGCUUGGGCAGCGUAGUGUGAAGCAGCUCCCUUACCCUAGAAGUACGCAUCGCAAGUUAUUAGGCGCUUACCUGUUCGCCUGUCAGGUUGUUCGAUUUGCAUUUCCACUAUUUGAAGCACCCGUUACUAGGAAACUUCUAUUUGCUGCAUUCGGUAACACAGUGGUAACCCUAUCUGUUCCUCUUCGCCGAGCCCAGUUCGCGACGAUGAAACGCAGAGGGGAGGCGAGGAGGGGGAGGCAAGAGGCGACGGUGGAGGGGAGGAUGGGCAGGGGGAAGCAGAACCAGCAGGUGUGGGAGCAGCAGCAGCAGCAGUAGCACCACGAGCAGUUGACUGUAGAAACGAAGGAAGGAGGGAAUACGUAGACAUCAGAACAGCAGCAGCAGCAGCGCGUGCAGAUCUGAUGGCAGCAUGCAGGGACCUCUUCACUCUCAUGCAGGGACCUCUUCACUCUCAUGCAGGGACCUCUUCACUCUCAUGCAGGGACCUCUUCACUCUCAUGCAGGGACCUCUUCACUCUCAUGCAGGGACCUCUUCACUCUGCUUUUGAGUCGACUCAAAAGCAUGAAAGAGGCCACCGAGUUCAUCAAAAGCGCACCUGCCGCCGCCCACUGGGCUCGCAUGGCGCAGGGCGCAUACGCCCUAACCGAGAUCAAUUCAGCUGUCACUAAAAUCAGGUCCUCCACCUGUCGCUCGGCGCGUGUGGCGGUUUCCGAGCAAGAUGCAGCCACAGAGAGGGAGGAUGCGGUGAUUGAGGCGUUUGCUGCCAUGGCUGCGGGGACGUUUGUGAGCCGGGCUGGUGGGGAAGGAGAGGGCGAAGGGGGGAUGGUUUGGCUGGAAGGCUUUGAUGGCUUGCUGCCUGCUGAUGACUUGGGUGCUGCAGAUGGGAGUGAGGGCGAGGGCGAGGGUGAGAGGGAGAGUGAGAGGGCUGCGGUGAUUGACCCUCGGGCGCGGGCGCUAGGAGUGAUGGAGUCGCUGAUUGCAGAGCUGGCGGUGCAGAGGGGCGCCAUGCUGGAGGGCUUCAGAACCAUGCGCAUGCCUCGCACUGCUGAUGCCGGCGCAGCAGAGGGUGCAGCCGCCGCUGCAGAUGGAGCAGCAGCUGCUGCAGAUGGGACAGCAGCCGCUGCAGAUGGGGCAGCAGAUGUUGCUGCCCCUGCUGCUGGUCCUGCUGGUGCUGCUCCUGCUGCUGGUGCUGCUGGGGCUACCCCUGCUGUCGGUGGUGGCGCUCCUGCUGCUGCUGCUGCUGCUGUUGCUGCAGAUACAGGGGAUGCUGAUGGGACCCCUCCUGCUGUUACACGUGCUGCCACUGCUACAGGUGGUGCUGCUGCUACAGGUGGUGCCACUGCUACAGGUGGUGCUGCUGCUACAGGUGGUGCUGCUGCUACACGAGGUGCCACUGCUACAGGUGGUGGAGCAGCAGUGCAGCAAGGGGGAGAAACAAUGGCAGUAGCAUCUCAUCAUGUGGAAAGGCCACAAGGGGCACCAGGGGCACCAGGAGCACCGGGGGGCACCAGGAGCACCGGGGGGCACCAGGAGCACCGGGGGGCACCAGGAGCACCGGGGGGCACCAGGAGCACCGGGGGGCACCAGGAGCACCGGGGGGCACCAGGAGCACCGGGGGGCACCAGGAGCACCGGGGGCAGGAGAAGGAGGGGAGAAAGUGUCAGGGGAUGGAGAAGCUUCGGCCGCACGAAACUCUGCAAGCCAGAGAAGGUCAAAGGGCGGCAGAAACUCAGCAGCAACCAAGAGGGGCAUUUCUGGGGUUCCUGUGGACGUGACCUGCGCUCCCCUCAAGGCCCUGACCCUCCAGAGCGUCCACUUCACCACCACCACCCCCGUGCCCACCUGGCUGCCCCCAUCCUUUCCCUCGGCAUCCCCUCUCAUGCGCCUUGCUUCCCCUGCUGUAGCCCUUCUCCUCGUCCCUCUGCUUCUCCCUCCUUGUCCCGCUCCUCGUCCCGCCUCUCUCCUGCUGCCAUCCCAAGCCCCCCCACUCAGCCGCAAUCCUUUGAGUCCAUUACCCUGGCUGCCGCUUUUACACAGCUGAAGCGGCUCGCCCUGGUGUCGUGCUACGGGCUCAAGGAGGAGCAGCUGCUGCUGCUGCGGGCUUGCCCCGUGCUGGCAGCAUUAACAGUGGAGCACAUUGAUGACUUUUCGGACCGGGUGGUGGUAGGAAGCAGGCUGGAUCUGCUCACGCAGUUGACUCUGGUUGACUGCGAUGCAAUCACUGCACCCGGCAUUGGGGGGCUGCUGGGAGCUUCCCUAGGUUGCGGCUUUUGAAGGUGGAAGUGAGCAAGGUUGCUGAGAGGGCUCGCAGGGAGUUGCUCCGAGCUGGCGUUCUGAGUGGAUGUUGACAGUGCCGCUGAGAAAACCAACCAAGGUGCAGCUCGCGCCACACGUGCUCCUUUUUCUCCAUCCUGUUCAGCAUCUUGAAGGUGGGAUCACGGGAGCGUACAAGGUUCUAAACAGUCAGAGGUUCGUUCCAUUCCAAAACGUACACCUGUGAGUGCUGCAAGCACUUAGUGUGCCACUAUUGGCUUCCUCACUGCUCCUUCCAUCCUGGCCCCCAAGCAUGCUCUCUCUUCACUCCCACAUCCAAGUCUGCAGUCUACGCUCUCAUGCAAAGGCGCUUCCAACUUGUUGCCGCAUCUGCAACUUCGUUCAUCAAUCCACU